CUGCGUUACACGGUGGAAUAAACAGGCUCGUCUUCUCGGGACUGACUGAUUCUGCUGAGUAUGUUGCCCCUGUUGGCUCUGUGACGAGGGUCGUCCUCCAGCUGCCCUCUCCGCUCCUUUCUUGCCGUGACGACGGUACAGGAUUCUGCUCUCUGUUCCUCUCCUCCCGUGACGAGGGUAUACAGGAUUCACUCAGUCGUUCCGACUGCCCUCUGCUCGCUGUUCCUCUCCGGAUCCUCUCCUCCCGUGACGAGGGUAUACAGGAUUCACUCAGUCGUUCCGACUGCCCUCUCCUACUCUCCAUUCCUCUCUUUUCCUCUUCUCUGUUCCUCUCUUCCCGUACCUUUAUUUAACUAGUCAAGUCAGUUAAAGAACAAAUUCUUAUUUUCAACGACGGCCUAGGAACAGCGGGUUAACUGCCUCGUUCAGGAUUAACUCAGUCCUCUGACUACAGACUAGACCCUGUCCUCGGCUAUUCAUCGGACUGAUUGGGAGGUACUGUAAAUUGAUGGAGCAGCAGCGGGGUACGGGCGCUCCAGAGGGUGUGGUGUCUGGGGUGCGGACCCCUCCCGUCAGGAGAAUCAGUAAACUGGCCAGUCUGGGACAGAUCUUUAAACCCUGGAAAUGGAGGAAAAAGAAGAACGACAAGAUCAACCAGAACUCCACAGCUUUAGAGCGGAAGGCACUUGCGCGACAGACCCGGGAUGAACUGGCCAAUAGGGGCCUGGAGGGGAUUGAACCAGAGUUUUGUGAGGCGUGUGGGGGGUUAGAAGAUCCUGACAGUCCCAGCCAAUCUGACGCGGAGGAGAGAGAGGAGGAAGAGGAGGAGCCUUUGGCGCCCCUGGCAACCACCUCAGAGUACCUGGUCAGCGAUGAAGACAACCCAUCUACAGCUGUUGAUCUGACGGAAGACACUUUGACAGUGGCGGACCAGAGUGAGGACGGAGGGGAGGAGGACACUUCCCUCUGUGAGCCCUGUGUGGACAGCUUUCUGGUACAGGCUGAGACAGGAGGGGUGCAGGAGACACCUCACCCCAUGGACCCCCCAUGGGACAUCCCACAACCCAACCUGCCCAAACGACUUACCAGGCUGGGCAGUUUAGAGGGUCCUCACCCCUUCCCUAAGUCGGAUCCUAACCUAGAGAGGAAGAAGUCUCCAGCCACUCUACCCAGGAACUUCACGUUGCCCAGGACUAGCCAGGGUUCCUUGCUGCGAGGACGGAUCUCCACCCCUACCGGUUCCCCUCACCUGGGGCCGCUGCGACCCCCACCGCCCCCUAGCUGUAUUAUAGAGGAGCUACAUCGGGCCCUGGCCACCAAACACAGACAGCACAGUUUCCAACUGAAGGAAAUGAGCUCUUCUCCGAAGCGUCGGCCUGACAGCCGUCUGUCGCGUACAGCCAGCGUGGAGAAAGUCCCAACCGGAGGGAUGGAGAGAGAGAAGGAGAGAGAGAAGGAGAGGGAGAUGGAGAGGGAGAAGGAGAGAGAGAAGGAGAGGGAGAAGGAAUCAGACGAAAACAAGGAGAACAUACGUCUAGACGAGUUCUACAACGACCCUGACCGCUGGAAUGGCACCCUGCCCCGGCUGAUGCGUAAAGAGUUGUUAACGGUGAAGCUUCGUAACCGGCCCAGUCAGCAGGAGCUGGAGGACAGAAACAUCUUCCCUGUUCGCUCAGACCUGGAGAGACAGGAGCUACGACAACACAUAGAGACCAAGCUGGCCAAGCGGCUGAGCCAGAGACCCGCCGUAGAAGAGCUGGAAAGUCGGAACAUCCUCAAACAGAGGAACGACCAGUUAGAGCAGGAGGAGAGGAGAGAGAUCAAACAGAGACUCAACAGGAAGUUGAACCAGCGUCCAACAGUAGAUGAGUUAAGAAACAGGAAGAUACUGAUUCGAUUCAGUGACUAUGUUGAGGUGGCCAAGGCUCAGGACUACGACCGCAGGGCAGACAAACCCUGGACAAGGCUGUCUGCUUCAGACAAGGCAGCAAUACGGAAGGAGCUGAAUGAGUUCAAGAGCAACGAGAUGGAGGUUCACAAUUCCAGCAAGCACCUGACAAGGUGAGUCUCAGGUUCCAUCGACCGUAAUGUAGAGGUAGUUUCUUCUGUGAAGAAGCAGCUUUGUGGUCAGUGUAGACCAUGUGACAGUCUCCUGUUCCCAGGCCCAGUCUCCUGUUCCCGGAUGUUCGACCUACAGAUUUCUGUCUGUCUCUCUACCAACAUGGAGGAGCUGUCUGUCUCUCUGUGUGUCACAAUAGAGGCUAUGUCUCUAGAGCUGGAGCCCAGGAAAAGAUCACAGGAAACAUCAGACUGAUAAACUCUUAAAGGAACUAUUAACGCGUCAAUGUGUGCUAUUUCCUGGAUGUCAUCCAAUGAGAAAAAAGACUCCUAGAUAUCAUCCAAUGAGAAAAAAGAGGAAUGAAGAAGACUGCAGCACUUACUAGUUCACAAGUCGUUUCUCUCAAUUCACUCCAAGCAGUCUGAACGAAUCAGAAUCAGAAAACUGUAUUUAUUAACAAAUGUUGCUAAGAAUUUUGUAUUGGUGUUAUUUUCAAGUUUUACGGGAUCUGGAUGGUAUAAUUCAUCCAACCAAAUGUUUACUGCAGGUUUCUUCUCGACAAUGGAACAACAAUAAAUAAUAAAAAAGAUAAAAACAUAGAGGUUAAUAAAACAUUUACCUUCUUUUUUUUACACUUUAGUCAUUUAACAGAUGUUCUUAUUCAGAGCGACAUACAGGAGAAAUUAGGGUUAAAUGCCUUGUUUUACCGGCAACCUUUCAGUUACUGGUCCGAUGCUCUUAACCUCUAGGCUACCUGUCGCCAGAAAAAAGGUUUUAAAAAGGAUGAAACAGUACAUCCCUAAAAACUGCUGUUAUGGAAUAAAACUGAUAGAAAUGA